UCAUCAUGAGCCCUGCCCUGCAGCUGGCUCUCCUGGGCGUGACCCUCAUGCUGCCCCGAGUGCAGGCCCUGACCUGUCAGUCGGGGACACAUAAUUCUUUGAGAGAUGUGUUGGAACUGCCCCUUGAGUGGACGGCUGGCCAGGAGUCAUGUGAAGAUGGCUGGGGUUGCCAAGACACACUGAUCCUCAUUGAGAAUGGACCCCAAGUGAAUGUGGUGAUCAGCAAGGGCUGCACUGCGGCGGCGGAUCAGGAUGUCCUCAUCAGGGAGCACAGGGCAGGCCCUGGCCUCUCCAUCCUCUCCUACACCCAUGUGUGCCGGGAGAAAGACAACUGCAACAGCCUGUCUACCACCCUCCCACUCUGGUCCCUGCCCUCCACCACAGGCCCGGGCUCCCUGCGAUGUCCAGUCUGCUUGUCUACAGAAGACUGUGAAUCUGCAACAGAGCUGACCUGCCCAGCUGGGAGCACACACUGCUACCGUGGGGCAGUCUGGAUCAGAGGAGGGAAUAUCUUCCAAAUUCUGAGAGUCCAAGGAUGCACGUCCCAACCAGGCUGCGACCUGCUUAAUGGGACUCAGGAAAUUGGGUCCAUCAAAGUGAGUGAGGACUGCAGGCCUAAUGCUUUUCUGACCUGUCAACGGGGGAUCAUGUUGCACAGCCAUCAACAUCUGUCUCAGACACCCAUCAAGUGGACUGCAAAUAACUACGAGCUUUGUAACAUUGGGGAGGUGUGUCAGGAAACACUUCUGCUCAUCGACGUAGGACACAAAUCAAUCAUAGUAGGAAGCAAAGGUUGCAGCAAGGGCAGGACGCAGGAUGCCCCAACUAUCACCAUACACUCGGCCCCCCCUGGAGUACUGGUGGCCUCCUAUGCCCAUUUCUGCUCCUCCAACAGAUGCAACAGGGCCAGCAGUACCAGUGUCCUGUUGAACUCUCUCCCUCGUUCAGCUGCCCCUGCCCCGGGAGAUUUGCAGUGUCCCGUCUGUCUGCAGAUCUUUGGAUCCUGCCCAGAAAACCCAGAAAAAGUUACAUGCCCCAGUGGCACCACUCACUGUUAUAGUGGUUACAUUACUCUCCGGGAAGCGGAGUUACAUAAACCCAGCAUCACAAGCAACAACUCCAGCCCCGUGGAGAAUGCGGAUUCUGUAGUGUUAAUGUGUGAAGUUCAGACUCAGAGCACAAGCUGCCUGUGGUCAGUAAACAGUAAGAGCCUCCCGGACAGUCCCAGGCUGGAGCUGUCCCUGGACAACAGGACUCUCACUGUACAUGGUGUCACGAGGAAUGACACAGGACCCUAUGAGUGUGAAACUCGGAACCCAGUGAGUGCUGAUCGUAGUGACCCAUUCACCCUGAAUGUGCUCUAUGGCCCGGACACACCCACCAUUUCCCCUUCAGACUCCUACUACCGUCUAGGGGCAAACCUCAGUCUCUCCUGCCGCACAGCCUCUAACCCACCUGCACAGUAUUCUUGGCUUAUCAAUGGGAGACUCCCGCCAUUCACACAGGAGCUCUUUAUCCCCAACAUCACUGCCAACGAUAGCGGAUCCUAUACCUGCCUCGUCUAUAACUCUGGCACCUGCCUCAAUAAGACCACAGUCAAGACCAUCACCGUCUCUGAGCCAGUGCCAAAGCCCUCUCUCUGGGUCACCAACAUCACAGUCACAGAAAAUAGGGACUCUGUGGUCCUGACUUGCUCCACAAGUAAUGCGGGGGUCUCUAUCCAGUGGUUUUUGAAUGGCCAGAAUCUAAAGCUCAUGGAGAGAAGGAACCUGUCCCAGGGCAACAGCAACCUGACCAUACACCCUGUCAAGAGGGAGGAUUCUGGGAAUUACCAGUGUGAGGUCGCCAACCCCGUCAGUUCCAGUAAAAGUGACCCCAUCAAGCUGGAUGUGAUCUAUGAAAGAAGCACCACAGGCCUCCCUGUGAGGUCCAUCAUUGGCACUGCACUUGGGGUUCUGCUUGGAAUAGCACUCACGGCUGCCCUGGGGUGUCUCUUGCUCUGCACAAGGACUGGAAGGGCCAGUGCCUGGCAUGAUGUCAGAGAGCUCUGGCAUCCAGCAUCCACUGCCCGCCAUGGUCCAGCCAGCAGCAACACAUCCCCGGACUCACUGUCCAGCCCCAUGGCAGCAGUUUCUAUCUACCAGGAAUUACAACACCCUGACACAAACAUUUACUGCCAGAUUAAACCCAAAGCAGAAGUAGCUUCUUAGUUUCCCCAUGGUGCUGCUCCUUGCAUGGACCCUCCUGAGACCUCAGACCUAAGUGGUAUUGGGAGCCGCUAUCUGAGCCAGAGAAUCAGCAAUAAACCUUGAGGAUAUUCAGGGACAUGGAUCAAUUCUGGUCAAGUUCAUCAACCUUCUCUACAAACUGCUGGUGAGCAGCCUGGACCUGGUCAUCUGACUGUGGAGUCACUUCCUCCAGUGAUAUGCACAGCACCCUCACUGCCCUAGGUGGUGGAGACAGAGGCCAGUCCAUCUCCACAUGCUCCUUGUUAAGAAUGAAGAAAAAAAAAAAAAAGAAUGGGAGAAAGCAGACACACCUAGAAGAUCAAGGCUCCCAAGCCCUGGGAAGGCCUGAGGGUCCUCAGCACCAUGGACAGCGUCUCAGCCCUCCUCCUCCCAGGACUUGAGCAGGGAGGAGGCGAUGAGGGACUGCUGGAGAGGCUGCCCAUUUCUGUUCUGCAGAAGAGAGUGCAGUGAGGCAGAAAUAGCAUUCUCAUGGGACAACCCGAUUCUGCUCUCAUCUCUCAAUCCUAAACACCUUACACAUGUGUGGAUGUUCCUCUCUGGCACAACUAUUCCAGCUCCCUGCAUGGCUGAUGGCUGCCUCCAGAGUGUGUCCUCAGGGCAGCUGGGAGUCUGCUCCAGCCUCUUGGGAGACCACCUGCCCCCUGAGAUUCAAGCCACUCCCUUGCCUACUGAAGGCAGGAAUGUUUCAUGAUGAACUUCUGACCCUUCAUGCCUGACCUUGGAAACACCCCUUACCCAUCACCCAGCCCCCCUGAGCACAACAUCCUGUUUCCUGAGCCCCAGCUGAGCCUCCCAGGCAGCAGGGCUGAGCAGAACCCUGGGAUCUUCCCCCAGCUCCUCCUGACUGAGCCCUGUGCCUGGUGUCAGAGUCCUUUGCCCUCUGCCUGCCCUUCUGGGCAGAGCAAACGUUCCACCCAAGGGCAAGUGGAGCCUGAAGAUCUCCCAGGGUAGAAGCCAACAUUUGAGGGUUCCUGCAUCUGCCUGUGACCCCUCAGAGGGAGAGAAAAGACUAGGCCCCUCAGAGCCUUCCCCAUCUCCUCCUUCACAUAGACAUUCUACCCACAGAACCAACUCUGAUGUUACGGACCCAGCCCUGCCCUUCUAUGGGGCUCAGGUCCAUUCUGUCCACUGACAGUGUCCAACAUAAGGGCCACCUGGGUGCUCUUCUCUUUGAUUUCUUUCUUUCUUUCUUUCUUUCUUUCUUUCUUUCUUUCUUUCUUUCUUUCUUUCUUUCGCUUUUAGUUGGGUUCCCUUUGCUCUUAUUUUUCUAGUUCUUGUGGUAAACUUAGAUUAUCAAUUUGAGAUAUUUCCUCACUUCUGGGUACAAAUUCCCCACUCAGGGUGGCUCAGAGGUUUGGUGCCUGCUUUUGGCCCGGGGCGUGAUCCUGGAGUCCCUGGAUCAGGUCUCACAUAUGGCUUCCUGCAUGGAGCCUGCUUCUCCCUCUGCCUGUGUCUCUGCCUCUCUCUCUCUCUCUCUCUGUGUUUCUCAUGAAUAAAUAAAUAAAAUGCUUAAAAAAAACACAAAUUCCCCACUCAGCACAGGAUAAGCUGCAUCCCCCAAAUAGUGAAGAUUCUUUUUGUGUAUUUAAUUUAAUUCUGUGUAUUUUUAAAAUUUCUUUUGAGACUAGCUUUUUGAUCCAUAGUUUAUUUACGUAUAUGUAUCUUACUUUCCAAAUGUUUCGGAGAUUUUUCUUUUAUUGAUUUCUAGUUUGAUUACUAUUUUUAUUUUUUUAAAGAUUUUAUUUAUUUAUUCAUGGGAGACACACAGAGGCAGAGAAACAGGCAGAGGGAAAAACAGGCUCCCUGUGGGGAGCCCAAUGUGGGACUCCAUCCCAGGGCCCCAGGAUCACAACCUGCGCCAAAGGCGGUUGCUCAACCGCUGAGCCACCCAGGAGCCAUGAUUACUAUUUUUAGAGAACAUUCUCUGAUUUCAAUUAUUUUAAUUUUGCUUAGGGGUGGAACUCAUGGGUGGCUCAGUCAGUUAAGGUCUGCCUUCAUCUUAGGUCAUGAUCCCAGGUUGGGGUAAAGCCUCCCUCCAUCAAGUUUCACAUGGGCCCCCUCCUCAGUGGAGGGCCUACUUCUCACUCUGCCCCUCCCUCUGCUUGUGCUCCCUCCCUCUCUCUCUCUCUCCAUAACAAAUAAAUAAAAUCUUUGAAUAUAUUUGAUGGGCACCUGGGUGGCUCAGUCAGUUAAAGGUAUGCCUUCAGCUUGGGUCAUUUUCCCAGGGUCUUGGGAUCAUGCCCCACAUUGGCCUUCCUGCUCAGUGGGGAGCCUGAUACUCCCUCUGCUACUCUUUCCUGUGCUCUCUCACUCUCUCUCUCUAAAAAAUAAAUAGUCUUAAAAUAAAUUUGGUUUGGGGCACCUGGCUGCCUUGGUCAGUGGA